AUGUCCGCCGUUGGAUCAUCGCUCGGGAAUUCAAAUUCCUUUUUAAUUGCAGAGAAAAGCAAAUUUGAGUUAGAAAACAGAGCAGACCCAGAAUCCUCCGCCACAGGAGAAACAAAGACCGACCGUCAUCCUCCAAGUGAAUCUUUAAACCAACUGCCAAGUGACACCCAGCCGCCCGACAUGGAAUUUGACAACACCCAGCAAAACACGACUCACGAAAGUGAUUUGAAUCUCAGUCCAACCAGCAAAGCUUCAUUUGUCGACUUUCUGAAGAGAGGAAGUUAUCAUUUGCGCAGAUCCAGCAAGAACGACAGCCGACGACCCUCCACAACAAGUCUGGCGAAUCCUUCAAUUGCGCUUAAUGAGAAGUCAAUCCCACCAACCGAGGACCCUGCUCCCAUAUCAGAUGAGGCUGUCACAGAUCUGCCUCCCUUGGAUGUGCACACAUCAGAUGACGUCUUGUCGAACACAUUGCCCUCCGACACUCCACAAAUCCCAAAUGAAUCAAUUCUGCGAAAGCAAAACCAAUUCAAUCUUGAUUCGAUCAUCUGGGAUGAUUCUUCCAGAGAUGGCUUAAAUCGACGAGCCUCUGUUGAUCUAGAUGAUAUGAUUUCACGACUCCUUGAAAUGGGUCAUUCAAAACCGACUAAGAAGUUUUGUCUGGACAACACAGAAAUCCUAUCUAUUUGCUCCGCUGCCCGCAACCUCUUCCUUUCACAACCUGUUCUCCUAGAACUAAACGCUCCAAUACACAUAGUUGGUGACAUCCAUGGCCAAUACACUGAUCUUCUACGGAUUUUCGAAAUGUCUGGAGACCCUUCUACCUCUAAUUAUCUUUUUUUGGGUGAUUACGUCGACAGAGGAAAACAAAGCUUGGAAACAAUCCUCUUGCUUCUGUGCUACAAAUUGAAAUACCCCGAAACUUUCUUUUUACUCCGCGGCAACCACGAAUGCGCCAAUAUCUCCCGUAUCUACGGCUUCCACGAUGAGUGCAAGCGGAGAUCCAGCAUCAAGGUCUGGAAGACCUUCACCGAUGUUUUUAAUUGCCUGCCCAUCGCCGCCGUAGUGGCGGAGAAGAUCUUCUGUGUGCAUGGCGGUCUUUCUCCCAGUCUCUCGGAUAUGAAUGAUAUUCGAAACAUUGUGCGCCCUACUGAAAUACCCGGUCAAGGCCUGCUCACCGACCUGCUAUGGAGUGACCCGGCAAAUAUCAAAGACUGGGGUCCCAACGAUGAUCGGGGUGUGAGCUGGACCUUUGGACGGAAGGUUGUUGCAAACUUCUUGAAGCGAUAUAGUUUGGAUCUGGUUUGUCGCUCACAUAUGGUUGUGGAGGGUGGGUAUGAAUUCUUUGGAGAGCGCAAUUUGGUUACAGUUUUCUCUGCGCCUAAUUACUGCGGAGAGUUCGAUAAUUUGGGAGCGACAAUGUCGGUUUCUGAGGAGCUGCUUUGCAACUUCGAUGUAUUAAAGCCGUCCAGCCUGGGUCCAUCUAAUAAGAAAGAGCGGAGAUGGAGUGAGUCAAAGGCGUGGGAAAAAGCAUUGUAA